CCACGCGUCGAGGGCCUGGGCCCGAGUACGUGUCUGAGGGGGAGGCGGCGGUGGCGGCGCGGCCGGAGCGGAGCAGCCGCGGGCAGCGCGAUCGGCUCUAGCGCCGGGGCGCUUUUAAUCGGACUCCGGACGGCCCGGGUUUUAUCGGGAGCGGGUUUUAAAGAGCCUCUCGUCCCUCUCCCUCAGCGGACGGGGCACCAUGUCCGAAGCGGAGCAGCAGCUGGCGGCCGGCGCCACCCAGAACGGGCACGAAGCGGCCGAGAGCGCCGGGGAGCAGCAGGCCGAGAGCGGCGCGGCCCCGGCAGCAGCAGCAGCAGCAGCGGCGGGGGCAGCGGGAGCGGCAUCGGCGGCGGCGGCGGCGGGAGCCGGGCCGGCAGCGGGCACGGCGGGCACGGCCGCCAGCCAGAACGGGGCCGAGGGCGACCAGAUCAACGCCAGCAAGAACGAGGAGGACGCGGGGAAGAUGUUUGUUGGUGGCCUCAGUUGGGAUACGAGCAAAAAAGACUUGAAAGAUUACUUCACCAAAUUUGGUGAGGUAACCGACUGCACGAUAAAGAUGGACCCUAACACAGGAAGAUCCAGAGGCUUUGGAUUUAUUCUCUUCAAAGAACCUGGGAGUGUUGAAAAGGUUCUGGAACAGAAAGAACACAGACUAGAUGGCCGACUAAUUGAUCCCAAGAAGGCCAUGGCAAUGAAAAAGGAUCCAGUGAAGAAAAUAUUUGUUGGUGGACUAAACCCAGAAGCCACAGAAGAGAAAAUCAGGGAAUACUUUGGAGAAUUUGGAGAGAUUGAAGCAAUUGAACUUCCAAUGGAUCCAAAGACCAACAAAAGGAGGGGGUUUGUGUUCAUCACUUUCAAGGAAGAGGAUCCAGUGAAGAAGGUUUUGGAGAAGAAAUUCCACAACGUCAGUGGAAGCAAGUGCGAGAUUAAGGUAGCACAGCCAAAAGAAGUGUACCAGCAGCAACAGUUCAGCAGUGGCGGAGGAAGAGGUAGCUAUGGAGGAAGAGGCAGAGGUGGAAGAGGCGGCGCUCAAAGUCAAAAUUGGAAUCAAGGUUAUGGCAAUUACUGGAACCAGGGUUAUGGGAAUCAAGGAUACGGCUAUCAGCAAGGUUAUGGUGGCUAUGGAGGCUAUGAUUAUUCAGGAUAUGGGUAUUAUGGAUAUGGACCAGGCUAUGAUUACAGUCAAGGCAGUGCAAAUUAUGGGAAGACACCAAGACGUGGUGGUCAUCAGAAUAACUACAAGCCAUAUUGAUCAAACUUAUUCAGGCCUGGCAGUGGUCACAGUUGAUGCCUACAAGCACUGGAUAUUCCACAAGUUGAAGACGGAAUACUGACUUGUUUACCUGAAGAUAAUAGGACUUCGGGGUAUUUCCUCAGAGAAAAUAUAAAUUUUAAUAUAAUUUCAUAAGCUUUGGAGGUUAGCUUGUCUUGUAGCUUCAGUGAUAUCAAACUUCUUCAAGUAGGAGCUAGAUAGAAAGCUGUUUAGUUUUUGCCAGCGUAUGUAAAACAAGACUUUUCUAUCUGCAUUGUAGAUUGUUUGUGGACACUUCCAGAUUCUUGUGCUUUCUGCAGUCAUUCUGGGGACUGAACUCUCAUUGAUACUGAAAGAGGUUCCGUGAUCAGGACACGGGCAGGAAUUUGAGUGUAGAAGCCCACAGUGUGGUUUGGAGUAGUGAAUUGCUUUUAGUUUGGAGAUGACUGUGGCAGAUGGGAAGAGCAACUGUACAUUAAGGGAACAAUUACAGAUCUUCCUGGAGACAUCAAUGAGAGAUUUGCCUUCAACCUUUCACAGAAGAUUUUUUUAGCUUUAAUUUGGGACAAUAAAGGGGUUUUUCAAAAGCACUAAAAACCAGUGGGAGCUUGUUAGCUGCUCCUUAUGCCUUUAAAAACCCCUACACCAAAAGUGAUAGCUGAGAACAUGAAAUGGAAGUAAAUAAAAUGCAUUUUCAUUGCUGUUUUGAGUUACAUAA